UCAAGUUGUUUCAGAGAAAACUCCCGCGUCAUUCGUGGUUCCUGAAACUUCCUCAGAUUUUGAUCCGCCAGCGAUGGCCGCCAGACCGAUGGGCUCGACCAGGCAGUUAGCUUUGUCUUCGCCUUCCACCACCGCCACAACCACCGUAACCAUUAAUUCCAGCGAUCCAUCCUCUUCGUCGCAGGACCAAUCACAACAACAGCACCAGCAGCCGGAAGUCCUUUUCCUUCCCCUUAAUCGCAAGAAGAAGAAGGUCAGCUGGAAAGAUGGCACCAUAGACAACGAGUUUAUGCAGAAGAAGAGCUCCAAGAAGUGCUGUAUCUUUCACAAACAGAAACCCUUUGAUGAAGACGAUAGCGAUGAAGAUGACGAGCACGGCCAUAACCCUGAUAAACAUCCCCAUGAUCAUGGUGAUGGCGGGUGCUGUUCUGGGAAUCAUGAUCAAGCUGGUCCGAGCGGUUAGGGUUCUAGAUUUAUAACCUAUUUUAACAAUUUAUGGAAAAAUCAAUUGAGGGGCUUACCUUUUGUUUCUUUUCUUCUGUUUUUCGGUAAGAUAAGAUUGAAUGGCUUACGAAUUCUUUGGAAUUUGAACCUUUGGUUGUUUUGUAUACUAAACUAUCGAAGUUUUGUGAAGUGAGGAUUAUAUAUGUUUCGCAAA